AUGGAUAUCAUUGGGCUGGUGAUGUUUUCCAUUUCAGUGGCUCUAUUUGGAGGAUUCCACAAAAUCCCGUUUACCGAUAUCCGCCCGGAACAUAGUUUUCCAAGACGUUUAUACGGCGGAUUCCGUUCCGGAUAUGUUUUCGGCAAGCUAGGUGAGGUACUUGAUGCUAUUCUUCCUGAGGAACAACGUAUGGCCUCUCAGGGAAGCUUAGAGCUCUCAGCACCUGCAAACCUCACGGCACGCAAGUCAUCUGUAGCCCUUGCACAGACUACCCCUACAUCAACCAGCACUCUUCCACCAGUGCCGAUGGGGCCAGGCAACACACCAGAACCCACUAUGACCCUAAGCCUUACUGAUUCGCGAGAUCUAAUCGAGAUAUCCCAUUUUUCCCAGGCUAAGAGACCAGGACGGUUUUCGGAAAUUCUCAGAACAUUGUUUUUUGCUAGUAAAAUUAUAUUCAUUCAAGCUCUCGUCUUCAUCAUCCAUGUCAGCCCUGUCCUACUCAUUCUCAGGGCAGCAUGUAUUUGCUUUCCAUUUGCAUACACCCUUUGCAAAAGGGUUGUGUUAAAGCUGGCCGGGAGAGGAAUACGUGAUGAACUUGACGAUGUCUUCACUGACUCGGAGCUUUACUGGUCCCUUCUUUUGAGCAAAAUGGAGUUAUUGAAAACCUCAGGUGAAACUGUUGCGUUAUUUCAAGCUGCAGAUGAAGCACUUCAGCAGCGGAUGGCAACGACCACCAGGACUUUCAACCAGUGUUCUGAAGAAGUACUCGAGGAGUGCGCGCUCCUGAAGAAAGCUGUCCAUAAGAUGAAGAGUGAGUAUGCCACUUGGCCGACACAAGAUGAACUGCUUCGUGACUACAUUGAAAAAUUUAAGGACUCCCUCACCAUCGCGAAGGAUGACCUCGACAAUGAAAUUGACCGACUAAAAAAUCUUAUACCAAACUUUAUAGAAGAAUUUCAUAACACAGUUAGAAGGUUGGAUGGGAACCUGUUAGGUAGCCUGCCCAUGGUGUAUUUGAAGGAAAGGCGGCUCCUCGAGUCUAACAUCCAGACGAUACGUGAUGCGAUGAACCAACUUCCCUAUUUGAAAUCUUUACAAAAUGAAGCGGCUUUGGCCAAGGAGGAGAUGGAAGAUAUCCAAACUCAGAUGAGGAAUUUGGUCACUCACGGCCGUGAGGCACUUCGAGAUACGGCUUGCAUAUUUCAGGAGAUAAACGAACUUAAAAGCAAGCUACGUUAUUUAGAGGAUGAGUUAGCUCUCUCCAGGAUAGCGCUUAGAUCAACCGACACGAAGGAGAAGAGUUUCCAUACCCUCCCAGAAACCUCGAUUGUGGGCCUUCCCGCGGACCUACGGAAUGAGCUUGUUGGAGAGACAAACAACACCGAUGAUCUUGGAGAUGCAAACCAUGAAACCCCACAGGAGCCAAAUGGAUCCGAAAAAGGGGAAGAAAGCAUCUACAGUCCUCUUUCUUCCUCUCCAACACGGCCACAAACGUCAAGUGACGUUCCUUCGAGCCUACUAUGGGAGCCAAUGAUAUUUGGCGCUGCUAAUAAUCAUAGAAAAGGCGGAUGGAACAUUGACGCGGAUUCGGCUUCUUCAGUGAUAUUUUCACCGCAAUAUCCUCCUGAUAAGGAGAGAGCUAUACUGUGGGCAUCUUCAUCGGAAAGCACCUCAGGAAUUGAAGAGGAAUGGAAAGGAGGGAAGGCAAGAAGCCCUAGAGCUCAUGAGCCUACACACGAUGCGGGACAUCGUCUCGCGAUCACCGAACCCCCGAAAGCAAGGCAAGCACGCCCGAACAAGAAACAGAGGGCGAAACAGCGUGCAGCUCGGACUCCACCGCUUGUACACACGCCUCAGGAAACCCCCGUUCCUAGUGUCUGA